AAUUUUCAAACAUAUUGUUAUUAAUAUGACGGAUCCUUUGAUGUAUAUGUUGAAAGAUCCAGAGGGUGAUUUUAAUUUUGCAAAUUUUCGUGCAAUGUGUUCAGUAGUUUUUAAGGAUGAUGAUAUUCGAAAAGAUGAAUGGAGGAUUCGGGAGAUUUUCGACUUAUUUGAUUUAGAUAAAGACGGCGUGUUGAAAGAAGGAGAAUUAACGAGAUUUGGUGAAUGGACAAGAAAAUUAAGCAUGCCUAAAACCGCUUUUUUGAUAGUAGACGUUCAAAAUGAUUUUAUCGAUGGGACUUUGUCUCUUCGUACUUGCGAAGCCAAACAGGAUGGAGCUGAUGUGGUGGAGCCAAUUAAUAAUUUGUUGAAAAAUGGAUCCUUCAAUAAAAUUAUUUACUCGUUAGAUUGGCAUCCGGAAAAUCAUAUCAGCUUUUACGAAAACUUACAUUUACGGGAAUUAUGUCCUAAUUCAAAGAUGAAAAGAGAAGAUGCUAAGUUAUUUGAUACAGUCAUAUUUGCGGAUCCUUAUCUGGAACAGAUUCUUUGGCCUAAACAUUGUGUGAUGAACACAUGGGGAGCAGAAUUACACAAAGAUCUUGUGAUUGCACCAGGUUCCAUACAGAUACGUAAGGGUCAAAACCCGGAUAUGGAAGCUUAUUCCGUAUUUUUCGAUAAUAAUUUUAAGGGAUCAAUGGAAUUGCACGCAAUGUUAAAAAAAGAGGGCGUGGAUUAUGUUUUCGUAUGUGGUCUCGCUUACGACAUUUGUGUAAAAGCCACAUGUUUAGACGGUCUUCGGUUAGGCUAUGCGAUAGCUGUAGUCGACGACUGUUGUUGUGGUGUUGCAGAAUCUAAUACUGAAGAGACUAAAAAAUUAAUUCUUGAGAAUGGUGGUCUGAUUACUAACAGUGACGACGUUAUUGCAAUGACAAAUGAAGGAAAAAAAAGCCUCGUCUUGGCCCACAAAAUUGCAAAGUCUAUGACAUUAAUUGAAAAUUCUGCAGAACUGGAAAGAUAAUAAUUUAUAAUUGACUGAGAAAAGCACGGGCUGUUUCGGAAACAAGGAAAUGUUGUUUCAUACGAGCUUGAUUAAUCAUUCCUAAUUUAUUGUACUUACAUAAUUUGCAUUAUUUAUAAUAUUAGUUGAACUUAAUGUACUAAUGUACAAAGAGAAAUACGGUGGAUGGUUAUAAAAAUGUAUGUACUUAAGAUAUGCGUUACGUCCGGUGACUUUAUACAAACCAGAAUCCGUCCCUCGGUCGAAGCGGCCACUGGCUGUGCACAUAUAAUUAAUUGUUAUAAAAUAUAUUCAAGUCGAGACGGUUAUUGUUCUUCUUUGACUUCUAUGGUUAUUUAUUUUGGUUUUUAUGGUUAUUGUUUCAUCAUGUAAAAAAUGGGAAUGACGGGUUUUCCCAUGUUCAACGAUCAUUUCCACCGUAAGCGAACGGUGGUGGGGCAAUCAACAUCCAGCAAUAGUUUUCCUCUGUGACAGCAUCGUCACCGAACUUCAUUGGUUUAUCUGCUUUAGAUUAGUCAACAUCUCUUGACUGGUUUUUCAUCUGUUGGUCAGUCAAUGUCUUGACUGGUUUUUGUUCGAUGAUCAGUCAUCAAUUGUAACUUACUAUUUACACGUCUCUGAGAAUACGUCUGUACGCACGUCGCAUAAUUAUUUAUAUCUACAAAGUUGUUGGAAUAAAGUAUAUAUUAUAAUCUGU